AAUAUAAAAACAUAAGUACAGGCGUAAAAAGCGCAGCCAUCGCACCUGUUGUUGCCACCGCUUGUACAGAAAAAUUUUGUUAAACAAAUCGAAUCCUUUUCCAUGGUAAUUAUUUCUGUUAAAAAGUCACAGUCUUCUUAGAAUUAUAUUAUAUUGUAUAAAAAUACUCACCCGUGCAACUUCGCCAUGAUUUCUAAAGUUGGCAAAAUUUGCCUGCAUCGGCCAGCGUCACUUGAUACCACUUGCGAAAUUUGCACUUUAAUUCAACACUUUUACUAAUAUUUCACUUUUUCCUUAUAGCAAACACUCACAUCUGCAAUAUUUCGCACAAAACACUAAAUUUGGUGCAAUAUUUCAGAAGAAAUUAGUAUUUUUCACAAUUUUCUUACUCAAGGUAAUGAAAAACAAGCACAACGGUUGAAAUGGCGGCGGAAACUUGGUUGCCAUAGCAUUGCACAAUGACUUUAUUUAAAAACGCCUCGUUAGAAAGUCUCCCCCCUAGAGGGCUCAACGUUCUUUAUUGCAUAUUUUUACCGGUAGGUGUUUACAACGUGAGAAAACAGCUGAUAAUGACAAAUCCGGGAAUGAAAAAUAUAAGCAGACGUUUACUAAUUUAGUGGUGAAGAAAAUAAACUGUAAUUGAUAAAAGUUCCUUUAAACUAACACCCCUAUCCUUUUAAAGUUUAAAAUUUAAACAAAAUCAAACCGAGGUAAAAUGGCAAAUAUAACUGCAGCAGUUAUCGCAAAUCGGAACAAAAAGCAUUUUCUGGGCGUACCCGCGCCACUUGGUUAUGUUGCUGGUGUUGGUAGGGGCGCCACCGGUUUCACUACGCGUUCCGAUAUCGGUCCUGCCCGCGAUGCCAACGAUGUGUCUGAUGCUCGCCAUGCACCACCCGCUGCAAAACGGAAGAAAAAAGAAGAAGAGGAGGAGGAAGAUGAGGAUUUGAACGACUCUAACUACGAUGAAUUACGCGGCUACAGUGGCUCACUUUUCUCCAAAGAUCCAUAG